AUGAUGAGAGACGAGAAAGAGGAAACAUUCAAGUGGAUAUUCAAGGAGUUUGUCUGUAUGGUGGGUGGGAAACACCCACAGACAAUACUUACAGAUCAGGCACGCUCCAUGGAGCUGGCAAUCGAAGCAGAGCUGCCCAAUACCGUGCACCGCUGGUGCAAAUGGCAUGUUUUGAAAAAGGCGAAGGAGUCCAUGGGCGUUCUUUGGAGCAAGAACAGCGACUUCAAACUGGAAUUUCACAAGCAUGUCCAUCACAUGAUCACGGAAGAAGAGUUUGAGGAGGGCUGGAGCCAGAUGCUGGAUAAAUACUCCUUGAAGAAACAUCCAUUCUUAACGCAGAUAUAUGAGGUCAGGCAUAAAUGGGCAAAGCCAUAUUUCAGAGGGGUGUUCUGUGCCAGGAUGACAAGCACUCAACGGAGCGAGAGCGCCAACCAUCUGUUGAAAGGUUACAUGCUGCGAGGGUGCCCAAUGCAUCUGUUUCUUAAGCAAUUCCAGAAACUGCAAUUUGACAGAGAGGCGGAGGAGAGUUUCCAGGAGAAGAGGACAUCCUGGUGA